AUGACAGGACGGGCAGGUAGUGGACAGACAGCAGAGACAGACAGGCUGAAACUGUGACAGCCACAUGGAGGACUCAGUAUGCAGAGGGACAAGGACCUGGAGGCGGGCCAUCCUGGGUUCCAGCAUCCUACUGCUCCUUUCUGUUACUGGGCUCAGUCAACCGGCCAAAGAGAAGAUUACCGAAGGCAAGGAGUGUGCCCGUCACUCGCAGCCUUGGCAGGUGGGGCUGUUUGAGAGCACCAACCUGCGCUGUGGGGGGGUCCUCAUUGAUCGCAGGUGGGUCCUCACAGCGGCUCACUGCAGUGGCAGCAGGUACUGGGUGCGCCUGGGGGAGCACAGCCUCAGCAGGCUGGACUGGACGGAGCAGAUACGGCGCAGCGGCUUCUCCAUGACCCACCCUGGCUACCAGGGAGCCCAGCAUAACCAUGACAAUGACCUCCGGCUCCUGCGACUGGGCACCCCCGUCCGCUUGACUCGCAGUGUCCAGCCUCUGCCCCUGCCAACCACCUGUGCAGCGGCUGGCACCAAGUGCCAGAUCUCAGGAUGGGGCAUCACCAAUCAACCAUGGAACCCAUUCCCGGACCUGCUCCAAUGCCUGAAUGUCUCCAUCGUUUCCAGUGCGACCUGCCGGACUGUGUUCCCUGGGAGAAUCACGGACAACAUGGUGUGUGCCAUAGGCACGGAAGGGGCAGACGCCUGCCAGGGUGACUCUGGAGGCCCCCUGGUGUGCGGGGGAGUCCUUCAGGGUCUGGUGUCCUGGGGGACUGUGGAGCCUUGUGGGCAAAAAGGCAUCCCAGGGGUCUACACCAAUAUUUGCAAAUAUGUGGACUGGAUCCGGAUGGUCCUGAGGAACAACUAA